UCAAACUUGUCAAAAAUUUUAGGUUAGUUUUAGGUUAAUGAGGUUAGAGAACUAAAAAACUAAUUUAGUAAAAUCUAUAAACCUUAUUUUCUUACUGAUAUUACUUAUUAUUACGAGUUAUAAAUAUUAUGCGAUUAUUAUUUGUGAUUAAAGUGCUGAGAAAAAUUCUUAGAUAAGUGAUAAAGGCCUCAGUAGUAUAGAGCUAACCCUGUGCUGAUAAGAUAAAAAGCAACAUAACAUUUUAUUAAAUAAAGAUAAAGUCGAUCUUUGUGUAAACAAGUAACAUUCAGUAACUAUUUAAGUCAUACAGUAGUUCAAGUUCCAAGGUGUGAGUUGAUUUGCAAUUUCCGCUGGAGUUGGGGAACUUUGAUCAACAUCAAUUAGUAACAGUAUUUCAAACCCUCAAUAAUGUUAAAAGGUCUAGUGGGUUUGGUGACUGGCGGUGCAUCAGGCCUUGGUCGAGCCACAGCUGAACAGCUGUUGAAGCAAGGUGGCAGUGUCAUAAUUUGCGACCUCCCCAACAGCAAAGGGCAGGAAGUCGCUAAACAGCUAGGCAAAAAUGUUGCUUUUGCACCACUUGAUGUGACAUCAGAACAAGAUGUGAAAAGUGCAUUACAAACUACAGUGGAUAAGUUUGGCCGCCUGGAUGUGGUAGUCAAUUGUGCAGGUGUUGCUACUGCCACUAGGACAUAUAAUUUUAAGAAAAAUCAACCCUUUGACCUCAAGGCGUUUCAAAAGACUGUUGAGGUCAAUUUAAUAGGCACUUUUAACGUGAUCCGUCUAGCUGCAGGGUUGAUUGGCAAAAAUGCACCAGAUGCAGAUGGACAGCGGGGUGUUAUUAUUAACACUGCCAGCGUUGCUGCUUUUGAUGGACAGAUUGGUCAAGCUGCUUAUUCUGCAUCCAAGGCGGGUGUUGUUGGGAUGACAUUGCCAAUCGCCAGAGAUCUGUCCAAGCAAGGCAUUAGGGUUAUCACUAUUGCACCAGGUCUCUUCCGAACACCAAUGCUGGAGCAGCUUCCUGAAGCAGCCAUUAAGGAGUUGGAGUCGACGGUACCAUUCCCCUCCCGUCUCGGCCAUCCUCACGAGUACGCGUUGCUGGUACAAAGUAUCAUACAGAACCCGAUGCUCAAUGGGGAAACGAUACGUAUUGACGGCUCAUUAAGAAUGCAACCUUAAAGCCACCCCACCGUCCAUACAGCCCUGCGCAUUGCUGGAGACUCAUAUCGCCGCAUUAUAUACGAUUGUACUUACAACAUUUCUAAUUAUAUUAUUAAUAGUUAAAAA